AUGGCCGGGAAUCCGCCCUCGGAAUCGUUGGCAAGCAACGAAGAGGCAGCGUCUCUCUACCAUGAGGACAUUAUUCCCGAAUCGACUAGUGAUGAUCUUCUCUCCGUCAUGCCUGGUAGCAGCUUCCCUGUGGAUGCGUUCUGCAAAACAGCUGAGACUACCAUCGCGGGAGAGGGGUGUUUUUGGACAUCGACACUCUUUCCUCUCUCUGACAGAUGUCCAAAAACGCCCCCCUCCCGCGAUGGUAUCUUCAUAGACCCUUCCCAUGAGUCUAUUGUUCCAAGAGACCUUAUUACGUCAUACUUCGAAGCAGAGUGUGAUGUUUCCAAACUGGAGAUAUUGGAAGACAUCAUGAAUUACUUCCAAGAUCCAUCACCUGGGAAAAGACGGGAAACGUUCAUCGUUUCACCAUUCAACGACAGGAUCAACUUCCUCGUGAGAUAUAGUGCCCAUUCUCAUGCGCGGAGCUUGACGAUCCUCGGACCAUCCGACGUGAUAAGAAACGUGCCGGCAUGGCUGGUACAACUCAUUGAUACCAUAUUCUGUAUCAUGCGUCUCCGGGUGUCCGGCUUUGAGCCUAAGGUGUUCAGCUGGUUCUUGGAUCAGCAGCGCCUUGGGCUCACGCUGCUUGCUCAACUCGGGCGAUUUGUCCACCUCGGCACAGACCCAUCAGAUAUUCAAUCUCUCUCGAUGUUUCCCGCAAUAGAAGACAUUCGCAACGACGGUUUCUGGGGUUUUGCUGGUACGGGGUCCAGGAGCCAGCUUCACGGUGGUCGCCUUGGCUUCGUGGGCUGUUCCGAGUCCAUGGGGGAGGGCGAUUUAGCAGACGAUGAGGGUCAAGGGCCCCAGGCUCAGCCUCGUUCCCGCGCUCGUUCUCGCUCGCCACCUUUCCUUUGUCGGAGCAGCCGCCUCAAGCGGAGAAGGGUUGACUAUUCUGAAGGGUCCGAUAUCGACAUAGACUUGCGAGCCAAGAGCAGCAGUCACGACGAUAAGGACGACCUUUACAACGAUGUUGAGCAGGAAUCUGACCAGAGUUACGGGGCACAAUCCGAUACUGCCGAAUUCUCUUCACAAGAAGACAGCGUUCUGGAUGCCUAUGCGAAGGCACCUGUGAAGGCCAGGGCCACACCCGUCGUACCCACGUUUACCGAAACCGACCUGAUUUUCCCAUUGACUCAGCCCGACGACUUGAAACUAGCGGUCCUCUUUGCCGCUUCAAUCCAGGUAGCACAACUGCAAACGCUGGUGUACUACAGCUGUAAGGAAGCCAGUUAUUGCUUGGCAACCGCUGCGAUUGACUGGGUCUCGGUCUCCAUAGUGGCAGAAGGGCUCGCUCCCAGCGAUCUCAAGGGUCUAUAUGGUCCUGAAGUCUGCAGCCAGUUGUAUGAGUCUGAUGAACAUGCUGAGUUCAGGCGCAAGGCUCUGCUGGGACCAAACUGGGAGAGGCUCAGAGGUAUAUCCUCUUUCGAAGGCAUGCAACCACAGGAAGGGGACCCUUUUGGCCUUAAUGAUGUGGAUACAGGUACCUGUGGCAGAUGCCGGGCUUUCAUACACAGACUCGCCGAACACGAAUCGUCGUGUGUUGGGCGCUGCCUCGCGUGCGUCAACUCCAAUAGUCCUUGCGUGCGCCCGGUGGGAAAGAAGACUUGCGUCACUUGUCCUACACCCGGAAAAUGCAGAGACCCAUCGCACGAAUACAGAGCAAAGCCAAAGUGGUCGGAGCAAUGUUAUAUGUGCCUGCAGUUUGUGGAAAACAUCUAUUCUCACGUCCGAGAGUGUCGUGGUCGAUGCCAGAACUGCAUUGCAAGAAAGGUGCCUUGCACGCGAGGAAACUUUGCAGGAAACCACAAAUGCAAAGGCUGCAACGCCGAAGAUCAAGAUUGUGGUAACUUUUCGCACGACAAGAGAGGGACUUGCAAGAAAUGUAAGGCUCCAGUGCGCGACAUGAGAGCUCACAGGCCAAAUUGUCAGGGCAAAUGCGGUGUCUGUUCUGAGGCAGGGAUUCCCUGCGUUCGGCCUCGGCUGUCCAGGACUUGCGAAGAGUGCAGUCGUCUCGGAAAGGGGCCUUGCAAAGACUUCACCCACCCGAAACCGCAAAAGACGUGCCCGAUAUGUUGGUGCGAUUACACUCAUCAGCAGCACAAACGCCAGUGCCGCAAGAGAUGCACAGAGUGCGUUGCAGAUGACAUACCCUGCAAGCGUGAAAAGGGAAAACGGUGUUGCAAUAACUGCCUAGCAAAGAAAACCACCUGCAAAGUUAAAGACAAACUAGCAUGCAUGGUUCCGUGCCGUUUUUGUGGGAGAGAAUACAUCAAAAGCAUGAUUAAAGGCCACGAAAAGCGUUGCCCUGGUAAGUGCAGCAACUGCAAGGACGCCAGGGACGAUGAAGGUCAUGAGAUUGUCUGUUUCCACCCUCCCUCUACUUCAAGAAAGCCAUGCAAAAGAUGUGUGGAGAUGGGAGAUGAUCUAGAUCGUGGCUGCGAUGGCGGCUGGAGACGAUCUAGGCAUCGGGGGUGCAAGACUGGGGAUGAGGUCGACGAGGAGGAUGACGAGACCAGUGAGCAUGCAGAGACAGACGAGGACAGCGAGAGUUGCGAUUGA